AUGACUUACUUCGGGUACACAUCCGCUAGGGCCACUUUCCUCGUCGUCGUCAUCGCCUCUGCGAUGCUCCUUUCCGUCCCUGCGCGCGUCUCUGCCGCUGGGGCUCCCGCCAACGCGACUGCGCCUGCUAACACGACUGCUUCUGCUAAGGCGGUUGCUGCUGGCGCGAUUGGGUCUGCAAACGCGACCACGCCUGGAGAUGCUAACAGCAGCCCCAUAACGGCGACGGCGAGGCAGAGCAAAAGCGCGGGGCUAGGAAAGAACUCCACGUGCGCCUAUUACGGCAACUACAGCGCCAACCCCUACUUCGGCAAGGGGCUCACCGUGAAGCUUCCUCCCGCUACCUUCGGAAAGCGCUGCGGCGCGUGCUACAAGGUGAUUUGCGCCAACGACACGAAGCGCUGCCGCAGCGGCAAGGCGACCGUGACGGUCCGUGUCAUCGGCGCGACGACCACGGAGAAUCAGAUUUCGCUCUCCGCCGUCUCGUGGUCCAAGAUCGUGCAGGGAUCCGACGCCACCCCUGUUAGCAUCACGUACAAGCGCACCAACUGCCAUUCGACCGUCGGUUCUGCGGUGCGCGUGCGCAGCAACUCGACGGCGGAGAAUUUCAACAUUCAGAUGGUGGGGCUUGCUGGCCCCGGCACGCUCAGGGAGGUGGAUCUGAGCGCGGACGGCAAGAAGUGGGCGAAGCUGACCCGCGAUGGCAGCAAGGCGAUUUGGGGAAUCAAGGGCAAGGAGGCGAAGGCGGUUUUGGGCGCGAAGAAGGCGAUGAGCGUUCGCCUCACUGCGAAGCACACCCUCGAGAAGAUCACCCUCGAGAAUGUCAUUCCCGCCGACUGGAAGCCCCAGACGCUGUACUCGUCCAAGACCAACUUCAAGAAGCUCAUGGCCGAGGUUAAGCGCCCCAAGGCGGGUAGGUGCCUUUGA